AUGUCUAAAAAACUAUUUAUUGGAUCAUCUUUACUUUCAAAAGAACAAACAGGAUCUGUAGAAUUUCAAAUAUCUCAUUUAACCAAUAGAGUUUUAAAACUUACUGAUCAUUUAAAAUUUCAUGACAAAGAUUAUUCAUCCCAAAGAGGCUUAUUGAAAAUAUUAGGAAAACGUAAGCGUCUUUUAAGUUAUUUAUCAAAAACAAAUUUAACAAGUUAUGAAACUUUAAUAAAUAAAUUAAAUAUUCGUAAAUUAAAAAAUCGUUAA